ACCAAACCCUAACCCUAGCCCACAUCCACUGGGACGGCGACGAGAUGGCGCUCCGCCGCCGCGGUCCGCCGUCGGCGUCGGCGCCGCCUCUGGAGGACGAGAACCUCCUCGGCGAGAUCCUCCUCCGCGUCGCCCCGCUGCCCUCCUCGCUCCUCCGCGCCUCCCUCGUCGCCAAGCAAUGGGAGCGCCUCGCCGCCGCGCCCGCCUUCCACCGCCGCUUCGUCGCCCACCACCGGCAGCCCCCCAUCCUCGGCGUCUUCGGGCAGCAAGGCCGGGAGCUGGUGUUCACCUCCCUCCUCGACGCUCCCGACCGCAUCCCGCGGGAGCGCUUCUCGCUGCGGCCCGGCGACGAGAUCGAUUUCUGGGGUCUGCUCGGGUGCCGCCAUGGACGUGUCCUCUUCAUCAGCACGUUUCGUCGUGCGCUCCUUGUGUUCGACCCCGUCAACGGCGACCGCCUGUGCGUGGCAAUUCCGCUGUAUUUGGAACGGUAUGUCUUUGGUGGAGCUGUGGUCUGCGCCGCCGGCGACGACCAGGGCCACGUGCACGGAGACUGCCAUUCGAGCCCCUUUAAGGUGGUCCUGGUAGGCACCAGAGAGAACCACCCAGCCAUAGCCUGGGUCUACUCCUCCGAGACCGGCAUGUGGAGCAAUCUUGUCUUCACCACAGAACCAUGCGACGGUCUGAUUGACGUCCAUUUCCCCUGUACCCUUGUCGACAAUGUCCUUUAUUGGUGGUUGUAUGGGCAUGACAAUGGCAUACUCGAGUUCGAUCUGCAUACCCAGACACUAGCUGUGACCGAGGGGCCUUCCCCUGUGGACAUCAACUCUAUCAACAGCCGGAUCAUCAGGGGAGAGGAUGGCGGUGUUGGCGUCGCAGUAUUUUCGUAUCUGAGCUUGAAAAUGUGGAAACGCGAGGUCAGUAGUCAGGGUAUUCACACAUGGCUGCUGCAGAAGAUUGUUGUCUUCCACAAGAUCAUUGAUCUUACACAUCAGAUCAAGGCAAGGAAGGAAGCUAUAGUGGGGUACUCAGAGGAUGCUCAUGCGCUUUUUAUAAAGGUGUCUUGCUGUUCAGGACCCCAUACCUUCAUUGUUGAACUUGAGUCAAUGCAGUCCAGGAAAAUUAAUCAAAGUUUUUUGGAGAAUUCAUAUCAUCCGUUUGCAGAUUUUUUCACUGCAGGUACUGUUCGAGCGUGAAGUACUGUUCAAGUCACUGAGCCACCACAGCGUACUGUUCCAGCCGUUGAGCCACCACAGCUGCGGGGUGGUCACAUGAUUCAGUUGAUCAAUAGGUUUUCUUCAGCAACCAGUCAUAUGUUGAUGAUUUGACAUGAUACAGAGUUUUAAAUUCAUCUCCUAUAUGAAGACCGGAGAAAAAAAGUCAAUAGUUGAAUGUAAGUAAAAGAAUCCCACUAUGUUUUGAUUCACAUGACCAGCUGUUCCAAAUUUCGUCUAACUGCAAUCUCAAAGCUACUAAAAUUCUUUUUUCAUUUUGAUUUUGUUCUAUUAUCAGCACUUGAUCAUACUAGUUGAAUCGGAGAACAGGGGGCAGGUAAGCACUAGGUGGUAAGAAAACUAGGUGAGUAGGGGAGGGAGGCACUACCACGGACAUUCUAAUUUAGAUUUUAUCAGUCCUCACUAUGUGGUAAUAGAACACCAGUAAAACAUGUUAUUGCCUGAUAUUUUGUCUGAUAUUUUGAGCUGCCUUUUUUCAUUGCCUGCUAUUUUGUGCUGCCUUUUUUUAACAACAUUGGUUAUUUGGCAGAUGCACAGUGUGCCGUUUAAUGAGGCGGGAUCUUGCACUGUGGUUUUACCGGUCAGCCAUUGCUCUUUUAUUCUUUUCCCUUUUUGUGCUGGACCCAUUUUCAGUGCCUUCCUCCCUGUUUUGAAGUUUCAUUUUUUUUUCUCUUUUGAAGGAUAUUGCGGGAUGUUUAAGCAUGGAAGAUUCGCUAGUUUUUUCAAUCUACAUUUUUGACCUUUUUUGGAGCAACCGGCGGGAGCUCUGCCUUUUCAUAUAGAAGAGGAAAUUGGCUGCUUAUAAGGAAAAUUGGCCAGCUUAUAAGGAAAAUUUGCUGUAAACCGGUACAAUUGAGCCAUGCAAACCAGCCCCGAGGCUGUACCCAAGCGAGCCGACUUUUCUACCAUCCAAGCAACCAUAAUCGACACCCAACAACACAACCUGGAGCCACCACUCCGGCUUACAAACCAUCACAAUUGUCCACACACCAAACGAGUCGAUGACUUUGCCAUCCAAGUGAUCACAUACCAAAUGAGUCGACGACUCUGCCAGCCCAAUGACCAGACUCAAUACCAUACAUCACAAAGGCGAUCUCCGGAGCCACCGCUUCAGCCUCCACACCGGCCCCGAGGCUGUGCACUUGCCUAGUUGACGCCAAAGCCGUGGGACAACCUCAACCAUUGUCAUCUGGUAGAAGACUGGACCUCCAAAGGUGAUGCCCCAAGGGGGAAGUGAUGCGAACGCCGCCGACACCCGCUCGGGGCCUAGUUAGAGCUUGAGUUUUCACUCAAAGAGCUCGAGAUCCAAAUGACGAGGGAGGUGAAGGGGCUCCACGACGACAUCUCCAAGGAGGAGAACAACGUUGAGGACGCCGUUGUCGCUGGCAUUGUUAGAAGUAAGUGCCAGGCUUUCCCCUGGAGUUCACCAUACACUUGUCGCCGGCCAUCUUCAACACAACAAUAGCUAUGGAACCCAAACAACUUGUCGCCGACAACAACCAACUUAGUGACAAACCAAUGCAAUAACUUGAACCGCCGUGGCCAUCCCCGAACCACCCAUGUGUGAGUUCUGCUACGCUGCCAUCUUCCGUCCACGGCACACCAAGGAACGACACCAUGGGCGCCGACAUGUUGGCACCACCAACAACCAGCGUUGGUGCCCUGCCGCCCGGGGGACCCUCGACACUGCGAAACAACCAUCGCAUCCGGAGCCGCCACUCGAGCUUCCAUGUACACCGCAACUCUCCAGGUCUAAAGCAAGACCACUCCUGCAGCCUGCUAUGGCGUCAGACUGCGCCUGGCCGAUCCAGGAGACAAAGGGCAGAUCCAGAGCAUCAUCAGCGACCCCUCCCUGGCUGCCGCCACACAGCCCACACAACCUCCUAGGGCAGAUCCGGGCAUGGGAGCCUAGGUUCGGCGAGGGUCGACUAGACUGCCACACCACCCUUGUGGCUAGGAUAGUCAACCACCCGCAGCCGAGCAUGGGCGCCGAAGUGCACCACCCUGACCAUCACCUGAGCUUCCGCCUCCCUCGCAUGUGGCCGUCUGGCGAGCUCGUCCCGGGGCCGCUGCUCUGCACGCGCUAGUCCGAGCAAUGCCACACCAAACCGCGGGCCGACCACCAGAGCCUACCAACGAGAGAAAGAACUCCCCAGCACCUUUGGUAGUAGGGCAUGCUGCCACCAUGGUGGAGGCCGGCAGCAGUGGCAGCGAAUGGGAGAGACCGGAGCUGGGGGCGCUAGGGUUGUCGCCUAGGGAGCGACGCGAGGGGAAACACAGAUUUCCCCUGGUUGGAUAUCUGGACUCCCUUUUUAUUUUAGUUCUUUUAUUUUUUAUUACAGUCUAUUCUUGUGUCAUUUUUCCUUCUUUCCAUGGAUUCUUUGGUCAAGAAUUUGUCUUGUAUUUUUUUAUUUUUACUUGAUUGAAUGUGUAUGCGAUGAAAGAAGAAAUUGAAUUAGACUACUUCCUUACUAUUUCAAUUUACUAAUCUGUUCUAUGUAGAUUUGAAGAUAAUACAAUCUAGCACACUUUAUGACUCCAACCAGAUCCUUUCAUUUAAGACAUGGUUUUUUUGUAUUUAAUCCCUUCGUUUCUUCAGUGAUUAAUUGGAAUUUCAGUUAAUCAUUUUGGCUGACUACUUUUACAUAAGGAUGUUGCAAGUUAACAUACCCAAUCACUGGACUGCAUUAUUAAUUGUUGGUUAUGUUGCUACUAUUCAGUUUAGAAGUAUGCAGUUAUUAUCAGUAUUUUAGGUGAAUACCUCCUGUAAACUGAGUCAGUGGGCUAUGCAAAUUUUAUACUCUCACUGUAGAAGAUUGAUUGGUUUCUAGAUUAGUUUUUAUGUUCUCCCCCAGAACACUAUCUAGAAAAUUACAAAUACGAACGCACUCACUAAUGUCCAUGCCUGUAAUUCUGUUUGGAAGAUUAAAUUCGGUUAGCCAACUUUCUUUGUAUGGAUUUCUACCAGUUCAAUUUCUACAAUAUAAUGUUUUCAGAAUUUUGUCCGACUUGCUCUAAGAAUAUGAAACACAAAUAAUUGUCUCCUCGGAUUGGUUAAGCUAGCUAACUUAGUUUUUUCCCCAUUGUUUUGUUGAUUUAAUACCGUUUUUACAUUCAUGUCGGUUUUUUUGGACACAAUUAAGUCAAGGAAUUUUCUGUUUCCUUGAAACCGGUUUUUUUGGAUUUUUUUUCAUGUACCUUGUGAUACAUGCAAGAUCUGUAUCCACAUGAUUUUGGAUUUCUUGUAGGCAGGGUUGAUGUUGAAUCCUUGGUUGCUUGGCAUGGCAAGAGUAUGUACUCCGUAACUUGCCCUGCAAGCAUCUGAGAUCUUGUGGAUUGAUGAAGGCGAGCGCAUGUUAGCUAAAUAAGGCAUGUGACCUGAAAUGUCUUAAUGAAUGUACAUAUCUGGAAAGUUGCUCUAUUUUCUAAUCUCUGAUGCUGCUAGAAAGUUGCUCCUUUUUCAUGAUUGUUCCCUCCUGGCUUACUGAUAUUUUUUCAAAUUUUGUUGUGCCUAUGUGCUCAAGUGUACGUAGCCUAAAAACUUUAGUGUGCAUUAUUUCCUUCUUUCCGCAUGCCAUGCAAUCUAACCUUUGUGAACCGAAAACUCUCUAGUCGGAGAGGGCAGCUAGCCCUAGGUGCUGUCAUGGAGAAGAAUUACCCCGGAGGCCACUACCAAUUGGAAGGGUCGAGGUUAUCAGGAUUUUUCUUUGAGAUGGUUCAAGGUGUCAGGUUGGUAAUGAGAAACAAUCUGUGAAUUUCAUUGCAGGCUCUUGCAAACGGUAUGAACGAACGAUUUAAAGUGAAGACAAUCUGCUGAGAGUUAUCAACAAUCAGAGAUCAAGAACGUUCAAGGGAAAUGUUAGCUGCUGCUUUUGGUUUAGUUCCACACUAGCCCUUCUUUUUGCUAAUAUGUACUCCCUCUAAAGAAAUGCAAGAGUGUUUAGAUCACCACUUUGGUGAUCUAAAUGCUUUUAUAUUUCUUUACGGAGGGAGUACGUAAUACUCUUUUUUUUUCAAAAAAAAUUGUAACUGUAAUACUCUUGAUGAAUGAGGAGAUGAGGUCUUGCUGUUGCACAAAUGUAAACUGAAAGCUAGAACUGGCAAUUAUCCUUUUUACUCCAUGAGUUGGAAGUCAGUCA